UCGUUAGUUAGUGAGAGGCAGCCACAGCAUGCCGUACGAGUCGAUGCAUCAUCAUCAGUCGGCGGCCGCUGCCGUGGCCGCUGCCAGUGCCCCAAAUAGCAUGUUGGACGCCCUUAGUAUGCAGUUGCGGGAUGCUGAAAUGCGGCGCACCGAAAUCGAGAGGGCGCAUCAGGAAACUCUGGCACAAAUACGCAAUCUUAGCAGUAGCGCACGUCCCGAUGCCGAGGCGGUGGAAAACCUGCAGUCGAGAGCCCGGGAACUAGAAAAGAAGGUUGCGCUGGAGAAUGUACGCUGCGAGGAGCUACAAAUCGAACUGACUUCUACUCUCAAGGCCAAGGCUGGACGCUCCCAAGCUGGCAACAUGAAUAUGAAUAUGAAUAUGAACAUGGCCAUGAGCAGUGGAGCGUCAUCUGCCGGCGCAACCAUACCAACCUCGGCCAGCAGUUCCACCGUCACAUGGGCACCGACAAUCAGUCACCAGGACCAAGGCUCGGAGAUUGAUAUCAUCAUGGCAAAGAUUGAGCAGGAUAAUCGUGUGCUGGCCGAACUGGAACAGCCGCGUACUUCGGCCAGUGUUAGUAUGUCCGCCUUGCCACCCAGUUCCAUGAUGAACACGGGAAAUAGCGAAUUUAGAACCAUAUCAAAGAGUGAACUCGAAGAAGAACUGAAUCGGUAUAAAAGAGCCGUACUAGGCGGUGCCUCAGGUGGCGGCGUUUCGGCUCUAUCGUCUGGUUAUUCCAGCUUGCCGCAAUCGCUAGCUUCCACCAUACCGAAUGGGGCCAGCACUAGUCUCAGUGGCACCAGCGUUGGCUCGCAGAGCGUGGCCGCCGCUGCAGGAGCCGGCGGAGGCGGCGGUGCUGGCCAUGGCCAUGGCGGUCACAUUCAUGGCCAUAGUGGCAGUGGUCUCACAUCCAUAUCGGCCCUGGUGCCCAAUGCAAUCAGUGGCAUAUCGUCGAGUCUAAGCAGUCAUGCCAUACAAUCAUUGAAUGCGGCUGCUGCCGCCUCCGCCUAUGGCCAGACAUCCGUUGAGAAAUUAUUGAGCGGAACUAGUGGAAUCACUGGCAUUCCACCAUUGCCGGUAAAUAUUCACACGAUGAAGGCUAUGCCAACGGCAUUAAGUCAGCGCGGAACAAUACAACUGUACAAUUUACAGAGCACAACCAUGCCCCUCCUGUCACUGAACUCGCAUAAUUUGCCGCCAGCCGGCUCGUCCAGCUACUCGGCUUUGGGACUGAGCGGCACCGCUGGCACCGCCGGCACAUCCCUGGCCCAUCCCGGGCUGGGUAACAUCAAUAUGCUGGAUACCAGCGCGCUGCUAGGUGCAACAGGUCUCGGAUUGGGUGCCGGUCCAGGCGGUGGCGGUGGUGGCAUCACUGGAGCUACCUCGCUGUAUGGCCUCAGCGGCGGUGCAGCGGGAGCUUUGGGCAGUUCCUAUGGUCCACCAUUUCUGGAUGUCGCCUCGAGUGCAUCGUAUCCAUUUACAUCGGCCGCCUUGCGUCAGGCAACCAAAAUGAAAAUGCUGGAUGAGAUUGAUAUUCCUUUGGCUCGUUAUGGUAAUCGCAGUUCACCCUGCUCCCCAAUACCGCCGAGCAGUUGGGGCCUUGACGAAUUCACCGACGGCUUAAGCGUUUCCAUGAUGCACAAUCGCAGUGGCCUGGCACUCGGUGCCUUGGAUUUGGAUGGUCGCAAUCAUACACUAAAUGGAGCCAGUGAACCCCAGGUGGAUAUGCUGGACAUACCGGGAAAGGGAAGAUGCUGCGUGUUCAUUGCCCGCUUCCCCUACGAUCCGCCAGAGGAGGCUGAAGGGGAGUUGUCAUUGUGUGCCGGUGAUUAUCUGCUGGUAUGGACAAGUGGUGAACCUCAAGGUGGUUACCUGGAUGCCGAGCUUCUGGAUGGACGACGCGGCCUUGUGCCCGCUUCUUUUGUACAACGUUUAGUGGGCGACGAUCUUCUGGAAUUCCAUCAGGCGGUGCUAUCGACACUGCGCGAUGCCGAGGAUGGCUCGAUGCAGUGCGAUACAACGUCAUUGCCCUCCUUGCCGCCGCACAACCCAUUGCUCACACACACCCACGAGGAUUUGGCACGUUUGAGUGAGACGCACACCGAUCUGGAGCACGAUCAGGACGAUAUCAGUGACAAUGUUCCAGCUCCCAAACACUUGACCCUGGAACGACAGCUGAACAAGAGCGUGCUCAUUGGUUGGUCACCGCCGGAGCCUGUGGGCUAUAAUCUAAUUGAAAGCUAUCACGUCUAUGUGGACGGCGUGCUCAAGGUUACGGUGAAGGCCAACGAACGCACACGAGCUCUUAUCGAGGGCGUCGACUCCACGCGGCCGCAUCGCAUUAGUGUGCGAAGCGUGACCCAGAAUCGUCAGACGUCUCGGGAUGCCGCUUGCACCAUGAUUAUUGGGCGCGACACCUCACAUUUGGGCCCCUCGGCGGUGCGCGCCUCGCACAUAACGUGUUCCUCAGCGGUCAUCUCGUGGCUGCCGGCCAAUUCCAACCACCAGCACGUGGUGUGUGUGAACAAUGUGGAGGUGCGCACCGUCAAGCCGGGCAUGUAUAGGCACACCAUUACCGGAUUGGCGCCGAGCACCCAAUAUCGAGUCACCGUACGGGCCAAACAUCUGCGCGCCGUGGGCCAGCACACGCCUCAGACACCCGGCCGACCCGGUCAGGAGGAGGCGCCUGGAGCCUAUGCCGAUUUCCGCACGUUGACCAAAGGCCUGCCCGAUCCCCCGCAGGAAAUCCAGCUUGAGGCUGGCCCUCAAGAUGGUACCAUUCUGGUGACAUGGCAGCCGGUUAACAGGCCCACCUCAACGGGGCCAGUAACCGGCUAUGCUGUGUAUGCCGAUGGUAAAAAGGUCACCGACAUCAAUUCCCCCACUGGCGACCAUGCCCUCAUCGACAUUGGCAAGCUGGGUGUCUUUAAUCCGAGAGCCGUCACCAUUCGCACCAAAUCUCGAGAUUCACAGUCGGCGGACAGUGCGCCCAUCUUGAUACCAAACACUGUGCGCAAUGCUGUUGCUCGCCGGGGACCAAAUCAAAUGGGUAUGGGAAUGGUGGGGCCACAGCUUCCACAGGGUCCACAUGGCAUGACCGUUCCCGGUCAGCAGCAGCAACAGCAACAGCAGCAGCACAUGAUGGGCCAACAGGAUCCGCAUCAUCCGCAAUACGAUCCAAAUCAGAUGCAGCAGCAGGGAAUGCAGCCGGGACAGCAGCCGGGACAACAGCCUGGCCAGCCUGGCCAUCAGCCCGACGGAGGCUCCGGCUUGUUAGGUGGCCUGCUCGGUGGCCUCUUCUCGAAACCCACACAGAAUCAAGUGAACCAGAAUGGCUACCAGCCGGGGGCGCCGACAGGGCAGCAGCAACAGCGUGGCAUGGGUCCAGUGCCAGGGCGACCUGCGGGUCCGCUGCAACAACAACAACAACAGCCAUAUGGUGUGCAGGGACAGAUGCAAGGAGGUCCACGCUUUCGAGGACCAGCCCCUGGACAGAUGCAGGGUCAACAGAUUCCUGGCCAAAUGCAGGGUCAGAUGCCGGGUCAAAUGCCGGGUCAAAUGCCGGGUCAAAUGCAGGGUCAAAUGCCGGGUCAAAUGGCUGGUCAAAUGCAGGGUCAAAUGCCUGGUCAAAUGCAGGGUCAAAUGGGUGGACCACGAGUUCCUUUCAACCAGCAGCAACAACAGCAACAACAACAACAACAACAGCAUCAGCAGCAAAUGCAACAGGGCCAGCUUAUGCCGGGCCAACAGCCUGGUCAACAGCAGCCACAACAACAAAUGCCUGGAGCGCAAAAGAAACCUCGCUACUUUGUGGCCAUGUUCGACUACGACCCAUCCACAAUGAGUCCCAAUCCCGAUGGCUGCGACGAAGAACUGCCAUUCCAAGAGGGUGAUACGAUUAAGGUUUAUGGUGAUAAAGACGCCGAUGGCUUCUAUUGGGGUGAACUGCGCGGUCGUCGCGGUUAUGUGCCCCACAACAUGGUCUCCGAGGUGGAGGACACUACAGCUCAAAUGGGAACCGGUGUGCAACAGAUGGGGCCACAGGGUACGCCAGGAGGUGUGGGCGUUGGCAUGGGCGUUGGCACUGGCCAAAUCAUGCCAGGACAAGGUGCCCCCCAACAGAGCAUGCGUAAUGUGAGCCGCGAUCGUUGGGGCGACAUCUAUGCGAAUAUGCCGGUGAAACGUAUGAUAGCCCUCUACGACUAUGAUCCCCAGGAGUUGAGUCCAAAUGUGGAUGCCGAGCAGGUGGAAUUGUGUUUUAAGACCGGCGAAAUCAUACUCGUUUAUGGUGAUAUGGAUGAAGAUGGUUUCUAUAUGGGCGAAUUGGAUGGUGUCCGUGGCUUGGUGCCCUCAAAUUUCCUAGCCGAUGCCCCCGAUCAGUACAACAAUCAAAUGGGACCGGGCGGAGCUGGGCGCGGAGGGCUCAGCCAGAGGGGCAGGGGUCAGGGACCCGGAGCGAGGGGACCACCGCCGCCACCAAGGGACAACAUGAUGCCCGGUGUGGCCGGGCAACGUGGCCCGCAAGGCAAAAAUGCUCGCCCUGCUUCCCCUACACUGUUAGACAACACGGGCCAUCCUGCCCCCGAUCACCAAACGCAGGGGAUGAUCGGUCGCGUUGGUAAUGUUGGACUGCAGCAGCAGCAACAGCAGCAACAGCAACAGCUACAGCAGCAACCGUAUGGUCAGCAACAGCAGCAACAACAACAACAAAUGGGACAACCUGGAAUGAUGGGCAUGGGGAUGGGCCAACAGCAGCCGGGACAGCAGAUGGGAAUGGGAAUGAUGGGACCUGGACAGCAGCAACAGAAUCUGCAACAGCAGCAACAGCAACAACAACAAAUGGGCAGCGGUGGCCAAAUGGGCAUGGGCAUGAGCAAUAUGGGCAACAUGGGCAUGGGCAACAUGGGUCAACAGCAACAACAGCAGCCGCCAGUUACGACGCAGGCGCAAACGGGCGGCCUCUUCUCCGGCGCGACUAGCCUGCUCUCUGGUGCUACUUCGGCUGCCACCGGUGGUCUAUUUGGUUCGAAACAACCACCCAAAACGGAUCCAAUGCAACCACCCGGUGGUGUGCAGCCAACGCAGCAACAAACAAAUGCCUUUGGUGCCCAGCAAAUGCAACCGGGAAUGCAACCGGGAAUGCAACCAGGAAUGCAGCCUGGUAUGCAACCUGGUAUGCAACCUGGUAUGCAACCUGGUAUGCAACCAGGAAUGCAACAGCAACAACAACAACAACAACAAGUGCCACCGCAAGCUCAGCCACCGCCACAGGGGCCGGGCGCCGGUCUGUUGGGAGGCCUUAAGGGUAUUGCGGCAGCGGCGCCCGGCGGCGAUGUACUCUCAAAAGGCAAAGAUCUCUUUGGCAAAUUCGGGUUCGGCUUUGGCAAAUAACCCCGGUCAUUCCAUAGGGUCCUGUUAUAUUAUUCGUAGAUUAGACUUAUUAUUACUAUUAUGAUUAUUGCUAUUACGAUUACGAAUACUAAGCUAACAAAACAAGAACAAAAAAAAAAUCAACUACCAAGUAACCUCCUUGCCCAACACAACACAACACACACACACACACACACAUGCAAACUAAAAAUGUCCCCCAAAAGUCCCCGUCGAGAAUGGGAAUGUGUUUGAUUUUCUUGUUGCUGAUGUAAAUGAUAAAAAUGCAACUAAUACUAGUUACUAAUAAUGAUAAUAUUUUUUAUUAAUUAAAUUGAUAAAAAUAUUUAACACAAUAUCAGCAACAACAAAAGAGAUCAUUAAGUGGGGAUAAAUAAAGGGGAAGAUUCCCAACAAAAAAAAACCAAAAAAAAAGAAGUAAAUUGUUGUAAAAUUAUACAAAUCAAAUCAGAAGCCCAACACGAAAACAAAAAAAAAGACAACAACAUAACACAUAUACACUGAAAUAAGACAACAAAAAAAGCUCCAUUACUUAUCUACUAUAUUUAAACA